CGUGGCGUCGUUGGCUUCCCUGGGGUGAGAAAAGCACGGCUGUUGCUCGGUUUGUUCAGUGUGGGAGACUGCUGUGUGAUAACAGUGUUUGUGGCGUCUUUGAACUGAAAAAAAAAAAAACAGGACUUUAUAGACACUAGCUCUCCCCGCUUCGUAACACACAAGACGAUGAAUGGUAAGUCAACGAACGGCACGCUGGGGGGAAUGGCCUGCAUCGAGGGUCUACCGCCGCUGCCGAAGAGCCUGAGCGGGUUGCUGAACUCAAGCGGCGGCUCCUGGAGAGAAAUGGAGAGGAUGUACGUGAAGAAAACCAUGAUCCAGGACGACCUGAGCAGAGGCAGGAACAAUGCCGAUAACCUGCUGGCCAACAAGCCGGCCAACCUCGAUGCAGCACUGGCUCUGCUGCGAAAAGAGAUGGUAACGUUUUCAGAGUGUUUUCCUUUAUUUGUCGACAGGAAAGUGGUCCGUUUACCACUGCUGGUUUAAUCCUAGCGCGAUUUACAUUCACAACCAUUCAACCAAAAUCCCUAAAGAAACUGCAGAAGUUUUCUUUUUUCGGCUUUUGG